AUGGCUUCCAGCUUUAAGAAAUCAAACGUGGCCUCGGCCAGCUACAAAAAAAAGUUGGGUCCUAAGCCUGAACUCACUGAAGAGCAGAAGCAAGAAGUCCGAGAAGCGUUUGACCUCUUUGAUGCCGAUGGCAGUGGGACCAUCGAUGUGAAGGAGCUGAAGGUGGCCUUAAGAGCGCUGGGCUUCGAACCAACGAAGGAAGAGAUGAAGAAGAUGAUUUCCGAAGUAGACAAGGAAGGCACAGGGAAAAUCAGCUUCAAUGACUUCUUGGCUGUAAUGACCCAGAAGAUGGCUGAGAAAGAUACCAAAGAAGAAAUUCUCAAGGCUUUCAGGCUCUUUGAUGAUGAUGAAACUGGGAAGAUCUCUUUUAAAAACCUAAAGCGUGUGGCCAGUGAGUUGGGGGAAAACCUCACUGAUGAGGAGCUACAGGAAAUGAUCGAUGAAGCCGAUCGGGAUGGAGAUGGUGAAGUGAACGAGGAAGAGUUUCUUCGGGUCAUGAAAAAGACCAGCCUGUAUUAA